AUGAAGUGUCCAAAUGCAGCUGGCUCUACAUACUACAAUUAUAAGGGAUUUUAUAGUAUUGUGCUCAUGGCUGUCGUCUCAGCCUCCUAUAGAUUCAUGCUUGUUGACAUUGGUGCGCAAGGUCAUCAUAGUAAUGGCGGAAUUUUUCUGAAUUCCACAAUAGGCCAAAUGUUUCAUCAGGAUGAAUUGGAUGUGCCAAUGCCAUCAGUUUGUUCUACUGGUAGACCACCUUUCCCAUAUAUGCUUGUGGCUGAUGAAGCAUUUCAGCUAAAUAAGUUUACUUUAAGACCAUAUCCAGGAAGAAAUAUAACUGAAGAGCAGAAAAUAUUCAAUUAUCGUUUGAGUCGAGCUAGACGAGUAGUGGAAAAUGCAUUCGGCAUCAUGGUUGCAAAAUUUCGAAUUUUGCAAAAACCUUUAACUACAUCUGUUGAAACGUCAGAAAAAAUUGUAAAAGCAAUUAUAGUACUGCAUAAUUUUUUAUUAUCACAUUCUAAUUACUGUCCAGAAUUGUUUGUCGACAAUUCCAUGCUUGAAAGUAGAAACACUAUUGAAGAACUAUUGGAACAAAUGAAAAUAAACUCAGCAUUCCAAAAGAUAGGUCGUGCAGGUGGUCAAGCACAUUCGCAGUAUGCUGCAAAUAUUCGUGAAGAAUUUAAAAAUUAUUUUUUAAAUGAGGGUGCUGUUCCUUGGCAAUGGAAUCGUUGA